AUGAACCCUCCACGCCGUCCAGGGUCACAUGAGGCCGACGAUAUACUCCCCAGCCAGCCAGCCGGAACCCUCCACACUUCAUCACCCAACAACCCUCUCAAAACUUCUACCAGACCAUUCCUCCCAAACUCAACCCCUUCUACAUCCCAACUUCCAAGCCUGGUCGAGUCAUCGAUUCCAACCCCUUCCGAGACGAUUCAGGAAAAAGAGCCGGUUGACGUCAUUCGUGGCAUCUACAUUCCCGAUCAAGAUCUGGCCAUCGUCCCAAAGUGGUCCGUCCGGCUUCAACAUCACCCCCGGCCUUUCCUCAUUUUUCAGAUUAUCAGACUUCGGAAUUAG